ACAGUGGCAAUAAAAUGAAUUGAGUUUUGACGCGUUUGCGAGGGGGGCGUAAAGUGGCGGACGACACCGCCUCCGUUGUAUACUUAUAUUUUAACAGUGUAGAAAAAUGCCCUCGCUCGGCAUCCAAGUGUCUGAUAAUAAUUUAAUCCUCGUCCUGCUUUAGCGUUAGCGUUUCAACUAUAUAGGGUAGCAUCUUAAAUCGGGGGCGAUGUUUCAUUGUUACUGAUGUGCACUGUCGACACGGCACCUUGAGCGCAAAUGCUCCGCGUUUCAAUUCCGCGUAUCAAUAUCUUAAGACAGUCAACAGUUCGAGGUAAGUAAGUAAAUAAAUAAACCCGUAUAGUGAUGGAGGGUACGAACGACCAGCUGCAAACGAAGUAUCAAAAGAUCGCUACAGAAUACUCCAAGAUCCGUGCACAGGCUAGCGUGUUGAAGAAAGCAGUUAUAGAUGAACAGACGCGCAACGGGGACCUUUGCGAACAGCUGAAAGAAAAGGAUGUUGAGUUACGACGCAGCGAACAGGAGCUGGACAGCUUGUCGUUCCGAAAUCAGCAACUUACGAAACGCGUCACAGUACUGCAAGAAGAAUUGGACGGAAUCCAGAACAGAGGUAAAAAGAACCGCAGUAAAUCCUCUGAGAAGAAGAACGCUACGUUCCCUCUUCCCGUGCCGAAUCACAUCCUAGAUGAGGAGUUCCAGAAAAAGAUCGUUGAGAACGCUCAGCUGAUUUCUCAACUCAGCGACAAGGAGGUUGAGAUCGUCGGACUCAACGAGAGGAUAGAUCAGUUGGAGUUCAAGCUUGACCAGUCGGAGAAAAACAGAGCUGAACUGGAAAGCAAGCACCACGCCGCGAUAGCCAGAUUUGAAAAGGAGCGCAACGAACUGCAGAAGAAGUUGAGCGACAAGCAUGAUAAUUCUGUAUCACGACAAAACGGGGAAAAGGAUUCAUUGCACAAAGAUUCGGCACGAAAUUUAAACGACUGUGAAACAGAGGAUUCCGAUUCUGGGUACGGCGUCCAUCAUAUUCACCACCCAGAAUCAAAGCCCUCGAAUUCACCCUCGCCCCAGAGACUCCUUGGUCCUCGCGCCACAUCCAGGAUCCCUGAGAAGUCUGUUUCGCAGGAAGAAACAAACGAAGAACUUGACAUUGCCAGAUUGUUUGAACUGGAAAAGCAAGUCAACUUCUGGAAGUCAGAGUACAACGUGCUCAAGAUAAAGUUUGAUCAAUUGAAAGCAAUCGAAGAGACGAGAACUAGUCAAAUUCACAGUAAUACUGCCGAAUCUGUAGAACUAUCUAAUAUGCUAGGAAGGCUCAGGUCACCGUUUGCCAUUCCUGAAGAGAUUGAGGCUCGUGAAUCACGAAUCAAGGAGUAUUAUAAACAGCAGAUUGAUGAACUAAUUUCGGAAAAACACGUUUAUCACAUAAGAAAUUUGGCUAUAGCUGCAGAUACUGAAAUAAUGAAUAUACACUUGGAAACGAGCGAGUCUAAGAGGCAACAGUGCGAGGAGGCAUUGCAGGAAUUGCAGGCAAGUCUUGCAGUAAUGCGCGAGGAUCACGAAGUACAGGAGGGAAAUUACAAAGCUCAGCUUAGCACUAUAAGUGAGCACCUUGCCAACAUGAACGAUAAAUUGAUUCAGCAAACAGAGGAGAUACAGCAGCUCAAGUUUGAGUUAGGGAAUAAGAACGCGAAAAAAGGGAAACAAAAAUGAACUUGCUGGCAUUAAGCUGCGGUCUAUGUCACAUUCCAUGGAAAUGCCUGUUGAUCUGUGUGAUUAUCAUAAUAAAUAGUGUACAACAUAAUCUCAUGUAAAUAACACAAUGAUAUCCAUUACGUUCAAUUGUAGAAUUUGGUCAAUGUUAAAUAUUCAGUUUCAUUUUACCUAACACAGAAUAAUCGCGGUCAGUUAUUGAUGGGAUUGAAAAUCCAACGUCGGUAAAUGAAAUGAAUAGAAAUAUACAAUUUAAAGUUUUUCUUGAUCAUUUUUUUCGAAUUUUAUUAGGAAUGAUCAACAACCUAUGUGCAAUUUUUUGGUAACAACUUAUCUCUCACUAAUAAUAAACGUGACAGAGUUUCACGUAAUAUAUCUAUAAAUAUAUACAUACGUAUAUGUAUAUGUACUUAUGUACAUACAAGUACAUUUGACUUAAAACAUCGACUACCACUUAAGAAAUACAAAAUAAAUUAACGAUUUAUUCGCAAUCACUGCGAGUCUGUAAAAAUAUAUGGACCAUUUUGAAGACCGAAAAUUAGAUUCGAGACGACUAUCUACUAAAAAUUAUGAUUGUAUUGGGUCAGUCUACUUUAAUAGCGAAACUCGCGCCGCAGCUACAGCCUUGUUCAGCUAGAGGGUUGUUUGUUAUUCUAAAAGCCGAACGAAUCAGUUCCUUGUGAUAUUCAACUGUCGAUCCCUUGACAUAUUCCAGCGAAGUUGUAUCUAUGAUCACUUUGACU